UUCCAACUUAUUUAGAUUAAAUCAAAACAAAGCAGUAAAACUUUUAUAGUGUGACAGUUGAUUAAAUGAUUUUUAGUGAUGUGUUCUUUUUGAAUAGUUGGUUUAGUCAGUCUAGUUUUACUCUUCUUUUCCUAAGUCCAAAGGCUAGUUUUGGAAACUCUGAUGUGCUCUUGCACCUAUUUGUAGGGCUGCUAUAAAUAGGCCCCUACUGGCAACACAUGCGCAUCUAUGAUAGGCAGUUACAGAGAUUUUCUUCACAGACUCUGGCUCCAAAGCAACACUGACAACAUCUCAAUGGGGCUUGUACAUGGAUAACACCAUCAAAUUUGAGCCUUGAACUCUGACAAACUGUGGACGUGAACACAGAGUAGCUUCACACUGUGGGUGACACAUUUUCCUUGGAUAUUACUUUUUUUUGUGAAUUACUUCUGUGGACGAUGACUUCCAGAAGACCAAUGACACGCUCUUUCUCUGGAAAUGGGAGGCAAAGCAGCUUCAGCGAAGAGGAGGGCAGCUCUUCCAAUGGCCGCCCAGAGAGCCGCAAUCCUUACCUCUCCAACGUUAGGCCUGAAACCAGCUAUUCAAGGUAUUCUCACUACAGGCCAACGAGGAGCACAUUGUGCAGUGUCAUGGCUCAGCUUACCGAGGACAUCCAGCCGUCCUUUGAGACCACCUUGAAAUCAAAAGCAGUGUCCGAAAACUGCAAUGUGAAGUUCACUUGUGUGGUAACAGGUUACCCAGCUCCAGAACUGAAAUGGUAUAAAGAUGAUAUGGAAAUGGACCGGUAUUGUGGACUCCCAAAAUAUGAAAUUCGUCGGAACGGAAAAACCCACACCCUCCAUAUUUACAACUGCACAUUGGAUGAUGCAGCCAUCUAUCAGGUCUCAGCCAGCAAUAGCAAAGGUAUUGUCUCCUGCUCUGGUGUUUUGGAGGUUGGCACCAUGAACGAGUUCCAGAUCCACCAGAGGUUCUUUGCCAAGUUGAAGCAGAAAGCAGAAAAGAAAAAGAAAGAUAUGGAGGAGCAGACUAAGAAGGAGGAUAAAGAAAACAUUCAGAAAGACAAACCACAGGGUAGCCCAGAACGUCCUCCAAGGAAGCGUCAUGUCCCAACAACACAAGACAGUCCAUUGGUCAAGGAGCCAGAGGCUGUGGAACAACUGGAAGUCGCUGCAGGACCUAUUGGUAUUAGAUCUGAAGUUAAGGAAACACCCCCUGUGACCCCCAAAGAUGUGGAGAUUUCUCCAUCUGAGGAAACACUGGCCAAAAAGAAAAUAAAGAUCUCAAAUGGUGUGGAUGCUGUGGUUAACAGUAGCAACAGUAGCACCAGCAACAGCAGCAGCAGAAGCCAUAUGAUGGGGAACGGAGGGGAAAACUGUUAUGACGGAGGGAUUGGUUUGGCACAAUUUCUGGCCGAGGCUCUCCAGGCCCAAGCUGCUGAAGAGAAACAGAAUUCAUCUCGAGGGGAGAAACCUAAAGAGAUGGAUAUACCUAAUGUAAGUGCUAACAGAGAGAAAGAAAGAGAGCAAGAGAGGAUGCAAAAAUUGAUGGAAGAGCAAGAAAAAGCACGAGAGGAAGAGUAUGAGAGAGAGAAAUGGAGAGAAGAACUGGCCUUAGAGAGGGAGAGAGAAAGGGAAAGGGCUUUGGAGACGUCACAUACAAAACAUGAAGUCAAACAUCACGGUAAGGCUCGUAAGGAUCACGACCACCACCACAUCCAGUCUUCCAUCUCCUCUGUGCUCCACUCCGUCAAAGACUUCUUCUUUGGGAAGAGCAAGAAGGACUCUCACGAUCACACUGAGAACAAGGAGAGGGAGUUUAGCCGCUCGCCUGCCUCAACGCCGCCAUCAUAUCGGCUGCAACCAGAGCGUAAUCAAGUGUGCAAGCCUCCCACGGAGGACUUUGUGCCUAUGGAAGUAGAUAAACCAAAGGAGCUUUCAGAAACUGUGAAUGUAGAACAGUCAGUGUCACUGAAGCCACAUGAACAUAAUCAUGAAGACGGUGCUCAGCACACAGACCUGCCACCAGCUCAUAAAUUUCCACCUGAGAGCGUAGAGGAGUCAACAGGGCAGAGCGCCAAAGCGACUGAUGGUGCUGCUGAGGCCAUGGAAGUGUGUGUGGGGCCUGAGAGCAGCGGUCCAGGUGAAGAAACACCAUUGUCCAGGCCUCAUGUUCUCACUGAGGCUGUAGAGAAAGAUUCUCAGAUAGUAUCAGUCACCAAAGAGGUUCCUGAGCACCAGCAAGAAUGUGUGGUGGUUUCAUCACAGCUGAAUCACCAGGGUGUGAAAGAUGAGUCUUCACCCAGGGAAGAAGUUUUGCUACAGACCCAAGCCCCCUACAAAGAGGAAUCCCCACCCACAUCCACCCUCACAAGUCUGGAAGAAGUCCGGACUCCCCCUUGCAAUUUUAUCUCGGCAUCAGACAGCCACAGCCUUGGAGAAGCACCCCCUGAAAUUUUACAAGAAGAGAAGAUGACUGUUAAUAAGAUGGGCAGAGAUGAUGACCAUGAGACAGAGGAGAGCCCUUCCUCCAAUCAGUUAUGUGAGGAAGAGAAAGCUGAAGUGAAAGCAAACAAACAGCCGUGCUCAGAUAUAAACAGAUCUGAGAUGACUGGAUUAACAUGUUCAAUGGAAGAGAGAAUAGAGGCAGAUCAAUCUAAAACACCAGAUCAGGUGCUUUCUCCUCUGCCUGCAGAGGAAGCAUAUGGCGUAGAGAGCGAGAACAUAAAAGAACAGGCUGAAUGUACUUCACUGGUUCAGGAAAUGAAUGUAGGAUUUCCGCCCGCUGUGGCCCCAGAGAGUUUAGAGAAGGGUGACCUAAAAAUGCAACAAGAAUGCACCUCUUCUAUAGCACAGGAGAGCUCUGAAGGCCACAAUGUUGGUACAAUGGAGAAUUCAAACACAGGUUUAAGAAGCAGUGAAGAGGGAAGGACAUUGGAAGAUAUAUUGAUUUCUACUUUAGAUUUAGAAGUUAAUUUAUCUGACAAUCUAAAAACACAAGAGCGGGUGAUUUCACCAUGCGAAAGCACUGACGUAAAGAAUGAGAGUUUACAGUUUGAGGGAGAGACGGAAAAGAAAAUUUUAGUGAUAGAGGAGUUGAAUGAAUCAAAGAAGCUCUUAGUAACACAAAACAAUGGAGAUAAUGCUCAUGUAACAGAAGAACACAGCAAUGUUGCACAUCAAGACAACAGCGACAAACAGCAGAGCCGGCCCUCAGUGAAUAUCCCACAAAUUCAAAUAUCUAUUAUUGAAGACAUCCUAGAUAUUACACCAACUGUGGCAGGCCCAAACCCAAAUGAACACUUUACAAUCCCCAAAAUUGAAAUAAUGGAGCCUGAGCUCAAAGAGUGCACCCUGCCACUAACUAUUUUGGCACUAAACAAGCAAGAGUCAGAGCCUGCCACUUUGCAAAAACAUGACGCAAUAAUCCGAGAGCAGAGCGUGGCUGAUUCUCCAAGUUUGUUGCCCACACAGAAAGGUAUGCAAAGUAAUAACAGCCUCUUACCUACAGAGAAAGAAAAGGAAGUUGCGCAAUUAGAUGACGAGACAAAAAUGUUUGAGCAGCCACGCGUGAAAAGCAGUGAAGAGCUCCCCCACCAGGACUUUGCAUCACUUCCUGUGAUAAAUGUUUCAUGCACUGAUGACAAGGAGGAUGGUGUAUUUGUGAACACCCAUAUUUCAGAUAAGCAGGAGCCUUUCGAAACUCCAGCGGUGCCGUUGUUUGUGGUGCCACCGAUUUCUGUCACUUGUCAUGAAAGUGAUUCUGGACCCAAACUUCCCACUCAGAGGGAGUGGACAGAAACAGAAACUUCUGCUGCCACGCAAAGGGAAGCAAAGCAUCUUGUUGACAUUAAUAAUACCACUUUGCCCGAGAAAAGUCAAAGAAGAAAAGAGGACUCAGAAGAAAGGUCAGAAAAUAGUAUGAAAGAAAACACCCCCUCUAUUCUAUAUGAAGCUCUUGUACCAAAAGUCAGAGAUAGUGUGCCAUCAUUCAGUAUAACAACAGAAGACAAUAUUGUCCCUGAAAUCUCAAAGAUAAAACCCCUUAAGGAGGCCAAAAUUGAGAAUUCUGUGUCCACUGAGGAUGUUCAAAGAAACAGAUCAUCUGUUGAGAGACUCUGCUCUAAACCCCCCACACAUCCAUCACUGAGUCCGGCCAGUCUCCGCAAAUUUAUGUCCAAAGCUGCUCCAGACUCCGAUGUGAACACCGUCGGUGACCGUCAGAGUGACAAGGCAGACGAAGACCUGAGCGGAGGCUCAACACCAACAUCAUCCCUCUCCUGUGAGAGCAGUCCCCGUCUGAAGCGCAGAGACAGUCUGUCCCUCAUACGCUCCGCCACGCCUGAGGAGCUGGCCUCUGGAGCUCGCCGCAAAAUCUUCAUCCCAAAAGCUAAAGAUGAUGGAGAGGGAGCAGUGCUUGGUGCGCUGGAUGCUCCAGGCAAGAAGGAGACCCCCUACAUGUCACCCAGCCAGGCUCGCAGGGCAGCAUUACUACAAGCUCCCACAGGACAGAAUACCCCACCAAUGGAGAGGCGCUCUCCGCUGCUGAUCCGCAGGAAGGCCACCUUAGAGGUGCCAAAAGUCGUGGAGGAGACUCCCAAAGAAGAGCCAGUCAUCAAACAAGAGGAGAAACCAGCUGAAAAGAAGCGGGACCCUUUGAAAGCUCCACAGGUCAUCCGUAAGAUCAGGGGAGAGCCAUUCCCGGAUGCCUCCGGACACCUGAAGCUGUGGUGCCAGUUCUUCAACGUGCUCAGUGACUCCACCAUUAAGUGGUUCAGAGAUGAGGAGGAAAUUCUAGAGGUGAAGAGAAGUGGAGGAGAUGAAACGCAAGUGGCACUGGCUGUUGUUCUGGCAUCCAGCCUUGACUGUGGAGUAUAUGGCUGCUCAAUCACAAAUGAAUAUGGGUCUGACAUCACUGACUUCCUGCUCAGCGAAGACAUUCUCUCUGAGAUACUACUAAAAGAUGAUUUGGAAGUUGGAGAGGAGAUCGAGAUGACCCCGCUGCUGUUCACCAAAGGCCUUGCCGACUGCGGCAACUGGGGCGAAAAGUACUUUGGCCGCAUCAUGACCGAGACGGUGCAGAUCGGGGGGGGUUGCGCUCACAAAGCCAGCAGAGUGAAGGUCAUUUAUGGCCUGGACCCCGUCUUUGAGUCUGGAAGCGCCUGCAUCAUCAAAGUUCAGAGCCCCAUCGCUUACGGGACCACACAGGAGAACAACCUCGCAGAGAGAAAUAUACAGAUAACUAAGCAAGAAUGCAAAGUCCAAAACAUGAUUCGAGAAUACUGCAAAAUCUUUGCGGCUGAAGCAAGAGUUAUUGAGAACUUUGGCUUUGCACUUGAAGUAAUUCCUCAGUAUCUGAUGUACCGGCCUGCAAACUCUGUGCCGUAUGCCACAGUGGAGGCUGACCUUUCAGGUGAUUUCGUCCAGUACUGUACCAUGGAUCCUAAAGGCAAGCUGAUUACACAAACUGCCUCUGAGGUGGAGCAGAAAUGCAGCACCUUCCAGCACUGGAUCCAUCAGUGGACGCAUGGCAAUCUGCUGGUCACUCGGCUGGAGGGCGUUGAAGCAAAGAUGACAAAUAUUAAAGUUGUGACCAAGUCAAAAGGAUACCAAGGACUAACAGAGCAUGGCUCUCCUGAAGUGUUGGAACAGUUCCUGACACACCAUCAGUGCAACUACUACUGUGGACUUCUUGGCCUGCGCCCACUUAAGACUCUGGAGCAGCAAAGCGGCAAGGUGAAGGGCUCCAGGAGCCCCUUGCUCAACCGCAAGUUGGGCUCACACAGCCCACAGAUGCAGCGGAAAGGACACAGCCCUCAGAUGUCUAGAAAGGCUAAUUCUAGCCCAAAGGUGCCAAGAAAAGUUCAGGAGACGGAGGACAAUUACGGCACCAAAUCCAAAGCUGCAGAAACUGUUGGUGCUCUUGAAAUGAGGUAGGAAAGAUCACCUCCUCUGUGUCAAACAAGAUUUUAGUGCUUUUAAUGGUUUAGUAUUACCUGCUGUUUCUUUCCAGUUACCAAAACCAGCAAGGACUUGAAGAGUGAGACAUAGAAAAAAGAAUAGUUUGUUGACCUGACGUAUCAUGACGAACUACUGUGAACCACUGCAAAUUUUUUUUUUUGCGAUGACAAUAACAGUAUGAGACAUCCAUCCUCCAGAUACUUCGUUUUUGAAAGACUUAUGAGAAUGUUUUGAGCAAUUGGUGCAGGUUUUUUAACCUCACAGACAUCAAAUGGCAAAGGCAGUGUUUUUAAUUUGAACUGUAUGAAAAGCAACACUGGGCCACAUUAGAGUUGACAUAAAACUAUUAAAUAGUUUGAAAUGUCUUAUCAGCUCUAUGAGUGGAAAAACAACUCUCCAAGCAAUAUCUGUCAACUCAUAACCAUUACUGAAAACCCAACCAUACUUCUCACUGUUAAAAUUACAGUUUGAAGUUUUUGUCUUUGAAUGAAGAGAUUGCAUCAUUUUUAUGAUUUUAUCUAAUGAAUUAUGAAGAAUUACACCACAGCCACAGCAGAGGUUGAGGUAAUGUCUAAAUAUUAAACGCUGCAUGUUCAUCUGUGAUGUACAGUAUGUGUGAAGGACAUGAGUUAAUUUUAGAGAUGUUAUUUAUGGCUUGCAUUAUUAAUGCCUACGCAGCAUUUCUUUACACAGCAAAGUUGAGCUCAUGCUGUGUUAUUACAGAACCCUUUUUAGAUCACAGAUGUUUGUGUGCACGUUGUUUUUGGUAUUACUUUGCCGUUGUGUCUGUGUCUUUAGUAAGUCCUCUUGGAAUAUUUUACUUCAUUUUAAUAUAUGCUGGUGAACGCAAAGCAAUGGGCAGUAAGGGACUUGCCAGUAAACUCUAUGGUAUGCUCAUGCUCAUUGACAUGCAAAUACACAAGUGUGUUCCCAGCAGUGAGGAAAGCUGCUGAAUGAGUCCCACACUGUAAUUUGGAUGUGACCUUUGGACUAUGGCAUAAAAGCACACUGAACAAAAUAGCUAAAAUAGCAGACUCUGGACUUUCAGGAGCCCAUUCAUGACUAAGGAAGGCUCUCUGCAGGAAAUCUGUAAAGUUUUAUUGCAACUGGCAACCACCUUUACCACUGAACGUGUAAGCUGUGACAAGUAUUCAGUUAUCACUUGAGUUUGUACAGGUAUGCAGGGUUAAAUUCCAACAGUAGACAAUUGCCUUUUACAAAUAAUAAAAAACUGACAAGAAAUCUUUUAGAAAUUCCGGUAAUGGAUUACUAGUUAAUGAUCAACAACAGCCUUCAAAGUCUUCCACUGUUAACUUCAGGUGCUGUUACUUUACAUCACUGUACAUGCAUGACUGUUUAUGACAGAAAAAAUAUUGACCAGCAAAUGAUAGUGAAAAGUCACUCAUCUCCCAAACACCUAGAGCAUAAGGUGACCAGGAUUCAGACAUAACAAAAGUACACAUUAAAACCACAAAAUAUCUCCAUACUGCUCAGCGGAAGUAAACCAAGUGUCUUUAAGCCCAGACUUGCCAAGCUGUUUUGAAAAACAUCACUGGCACCAUAUUUUUAUGCUGCGUUCCAUUGUACUCUGAAAAAACGAUAUUCACUGGGAAAAAGUGCAAUGGAACGACCAUUGAAGUCGGGAUUACAAAUCAGAAACUCAGGCAAGAUCCAUGUAGACCGAGUUGGUCGAAAUGCAGGACCUGUUUGCCAAUUUUUAUUUUAAUGUAGAGUUUGUGUUGUGAAACGUGCUGUAACAACUUUGUAGUGGCAUUUCCAUUCAGUUAACUCGUGUUUGAUAGAAGUCUUUGCGGCCAUGGAGUAGCCUAUGAGCCUACUCCUCCUGUCUCUUUAGCUACCUACAUCAAUGAAUCUGCAGGUAGCCUACUGUACUGUAAGAUCUAAAAGUCGGCAAAAAGUUUUGCAAAAACAAGUUUCUUGUGGGCAUCCAUGUUUUCUCGAGCAGAUACACUGGAACGCAUUUAGAUCGGAAGUCGGAAAAACCGACAUGGAACUAUCAAUUUCCGACUUGCAAUUGAAAAUUAGCACAGUAGUUCCAGGUGUGGGAGCCGUGUUUAUGCACGCGUGCUCGAGACCAAGGAGAGCUCGCGGUAUAUCAAGGCCGGUGCUUACCUGCUACCUGGAGGCCUCCGCCGCACACCGACAGAGACUUAUGAAGUUAGCAGCAAGCAACAAGUCAACAACAUGGCUAAAAUCAGGACGGCAGCAGCGUUUUACAAAAGAACCUGGCACAUUGGAGCUUCAAAUCGCUCAAGUUACUCUGGACGAGCAGUAUGGAGACAUUUUGUGGUUUUAUUGUGUAUUUUCAACGUUUGAAUCCUGGUCACCAUUUGCUACAGUCGUUUGGGAGAUAAGUGCAGCGCUGUUUGCCCGCGAAUCCCCGGCAGCGUUUUGUGGAAUAUAAAACUCGACUUUCCAUCGUCAUGAGGGUGAGUAGACAAUGACUCAGUUUUCACUUUUGGGCGAACUGUUCCCUUAAAGCGUGGUGUCAUGCAAGCAAACUGUAUUGUGUUCAUGUGUACAUAAAGUCAAAGGGCUGAAUAUUUGAAGUAGUCUCAAGUAAAACUGUAAAAGUGAGACUUAGUGAAUGGAUCAGUGAUUCAGAGAGAAUAAGUGUUUACAAUGUCUGCUGCCUUUAUGUCACAUCAUGUCAGCAAAUGUUUUUUUUUAAUAAAUAUGUAAAACAUUUGUGUCCAAGCACA